AUGUCCAAUCUUGCCGUGGAAUCCUGGUCCUGGACGUCGCAGAUUCUGCUGAGGGGAUCAGUAAAGAAGCUCAAGCUGGAUGACUUUUUGAUGCUCAUCAUCAUGAUGGCCGAUACUGUCCUGAUGGUCUCCAUCAACAUCAUUUCCAACACCAACAGCAACUUGAUCGAUCCGGAACAUCCAACGUCACUCUCUGCUGAAGAUGUUGCAACCAGAGAAUAUGGUUCCAAGAUGGUCCUGUUGGCGGAGCAGAUGCAGUGCAUCACCAUUUGGCUGACCAAGACUUGUCUGCUGCUGAUGUAUCACCGGUUGACUAUGGCUUUGAAAAACAACACGGCAGUCAAGUUUGUUGCCGGCUAUGUUGCGCUUGGCUUCGUAGUCAUGGAAAGCUUGUACCUAGGCGUUUGGUGCCGGCCCUUUAGUCAGUACUGGGCUGUCCCGCCCAACUCAACGCAAUGUUCGGCGGCCACGAACCAUCUCAUCACCAACGCGGUGCUCAACAUCUCGUCUGACCUCAUGAUCAUUCUCAUUCCCAUGCCUGUCUUCUUGCAAUCCAGGCUUGCUUUGAAGAAGAAGCUCAUCCUGACAGGAGUCUUUGCCCUUGGCGGAUUCACUAUCCUCUCUGCCAUCCUCAACAAGUUCUACAGCUUCAACGAACCCUUUGGAUCCCAGUGGACUUUCUGGUACAUCCGGGAAUCAUCCACCGCCAUCAUCGUGUCCAAUCUUCCUCUCACCUGGCCUCUUUUCCGCCGACUAUUCCACCUCCGAUCCUUCAUCAACAGCCAAUACUCGUCAAAGAAUCCAAGCGGAUGCCCUAGCUCCACCGUGCACUCUCACACCGCUCCGGUGCGCAACCAAUCCCAAGCUUGCAGCUACAUCAAGCAUGGCGACGCCAACGACAACGACGACGACGACGCCAAGGACUACGGCAUCUCGUUGAAGAUCUACCAACGCCACGAUCUGAAAAUCAGCUCUGAGCCCGCUGCGCCUACGUGCGAGGGACGCCAGUCGUACGUUGAAAUGCUUCCCGACGGCCUUACCACUACAAUCAAAGGCGGUGCUCCUCAAUCCUUCUUACACGAUGCGCAUGAUGUGGAAACGGCAUCAGACAAGUCGUACCCGGCAGUCCAGGCGGCAUCCACUGUAUGA